AAAACUUUUUGGAAAAUAGUGCCUUGUAGAAUUAGUAUAGUUAACGAAGUUUCGAGAACUCGCUUUAUAUCACUUCGCACACACCCUCUUUUAGGUGUAACCGCUUAAAAUGUAUAAAACAUGUUUAAUCUACUUUGUAGACUUUCGAGCGUAAUCGCAAUGAGCAAUCGCAUUUCCCAAAGAUCAGUGAAGAUCAACGGAAAUCAUUAAGUACUCGUAUAUUAUAAAUUGCUAAGUUCAAUAGGACAAGUAAACUCGCUGAUAAGUAUUUCCACUUUUUAUGCAAAUCUCCACCUAUAAGCAUAUUUAUGUAGCUAUCUGUGCAGCAAGCAAGUAUGGCUAAAGGCUUUCGCUUCUCAACUUUUGCAUUAAAAUUUCUAAAAAAGUUACUUAAUUCGUGGCGGAGAGAAUGUCAUUAAACUGCUUCAAUCAAUUACUGAGUGGCGUCAAAUUUCAACGAAAUCAAUUAAAAAGUACAACAACAACAACAAAUCAUGGCAAGAUCAAGUGACUCGCUGUUGCUGGAGUGUCCUGCGGUGCGCCACGCCAAUACACCUUGUGGUUUUGUUGUUGGAAAUUAUAUUCCCUUGUUGUUAUAAACAAUUAAAUUGAGUGUAAAAUUCUUUUAAAGACACCGUAUCGAAGAAAGCGUGUAGUUGGAUAAGAAUGGAUCAGCAAAAAACGCAUGUCCUUUGAGUGUGUUGAACAAGCCGACGGCAGCACUGGCGGCGUUGAUAAAAGCGAACGACUGACGAUGAUAGAAUCACUUGUUUCAGGCUAAAGGGCAAUAUGAGAAAAUUGCGAGGCCACUGAGUGGGAACCUGUUUCGAGCCAAUGUGACGGUGAAUAAAAUGGAUAAUCCAAGAAAAAAUGUUCCAACAAGCACUACUUGCAUGUGUUUAUAAGACACGAACAAAUAUUGAAAAACCAAACGAAAAAUAAAAUUAUCCUGCUGUUCUGCAAAACUUCCAUGUUUAUGUGUGUGUAUUAGUUUCGAAUGCUAAGUGUGAGAAAAAACGCCAACAACAGAAGAACCAUAAUAAUGAUUAUGUGGUCUUCAUUAUCAAGAAUCGUCGCUUUGGUUGAGAGCGAACUUGAAUUUAGUUGCUGAUCGUAAGGCAGAUCGGCGCUCGCUUUCAGACGUCAGAAGAAGGAGUAGCAAAAGUAAACAAUAUAAGCAACAACACUCUUAACGAUGGCAACAAAAAAACCAAAUCGAAGGUAAACGUGUUGCGUGGGAAACUUGGUCAGCACACACACACACACACAUAUGAGUACACACAAACAAAGAAACGUGUGGAGCAGUUGUGAAUCAGCAAAAUUCAGCGGUGAGACAAAAAAAAGCAAAUAUGCGAAAAACGAUGAGGACGCUACAUAUGCUUGUGUGUGUGUAUGCAAGUGCAUUGAUCAGCGCUUUAUGAAGAGCCGCUGCACUCGAGCGCAGAUCAUCAGCAUAAUAAAAGCAAGGCGAAUGAGAAAAGACAACAAACCACAGAACAAUUGCACUUUGCCAUCUUGUGGCUUUUGGCUUGAACAUCGGCUGCAGACGGUUGCAACGAGAUUACAAAAGCACUCUGGCUGUCCAUAAGUGAUCUUCCACGUGCAUACAUACAUAUUAUAUGCCUAGGUGUUUGGCUGAUCUGCCAUCGACUACAAGUAGCUUCACACAUCGCCUGACAGCGCACCCGUUCGCGUUUGCUCCAGCUUCGCUUGCAUUCCAGCCUCCCGACAUCCCGGCAGCUCGCUAUUUUUUCUCAUUUUUAUGUUGUCCGUCACGAUCGUGUGCCGAUCAUCAGCGAUCAAUGUUUCUUCUGGCAGCCAAAUAGAAAAACAAAUAGUAUACUGAUAUUUUCAAGGGAUUCUGUUAACUCGAACCUAAAUAAGCAGUUUCGUGCCCGCUCGCCACACCAAACUGGAGAAGGCCGACAUUCUGGAGAUGACGGUAAAGCACUUGCAAUCCGUUCAGCGACAACAGCUCAACAUGGCCAUUCAAACCGAUCCGACCGUGGUGCAUAAAUUCAAGACCGGCUUCAUAGAAUGCGCCGAGGAAGUCAAUCGAUAUAUUAACCAGUUGGACGGCGUUGAUGUUAUGGUUCGGCAGCGUCUCACUAAUCACCUCAACAGCUGCGCCAGUAACUUGGAACAACUUGGCUCGAUGAGCAACUUCAAUAAUGGCUAUCGCGGCCAACUAGGCAUGGGCAUCUCCGCCUCGAGCAGUUUGUUUGGUGCUGCUUUGGCCGCCAAUCCGUUAACAAUUGCUGCUGCCGGCGCGCCUGCCGCGCUCUUUCCGCCGAUGCCACAAGACUUAAACAACAACAACAGCAGUAAUGGUAGUUUCGGUAACAACCUCACCGCAGCAGCAUCGGCCAUGCCACCGGUGCAAAUGGGUGGCGUACAAUUGAUACCAUCGCGUUUGCCAUCCGGCGAAUUCGCACUCAUUAUGCCGACAACAGCGCAUGCGAAUAUUUUGAGUAACAACAACAAUGCCGCACCAUUUGCCAACUUUCCGCACGGCCGAAAUGCCACUACGGCAACAACUCCAGCGACGAGCGCAAUAGCAACAACAGGCACUGCAGGUGGCACGGGCAUACCCGCAACAGGCAUCCCUAUCAAUGACUUUGCGGCGAAUUACAAGCGUUUAAGCGCUUUCAGCAGACCGCCAGUCGCGCCAACGCAGCUGCAGGUGAAUGUGGCAGCCCCAGUCAAUGGCGCUCAGCUAAAUAGCAAUGCCGGCUACUUGGCUGGAAGCAUACUACAAACGCAGCAACAGCAACAACGUGCUGCACCCGCGCAUCAACUGCAUCAUCAAAGUUCUACAGCCACCAACAGCCCACCGCUCAGUCCCAUUUCAUCGGUGUCUAGCCAGGGCGAAGAUUCACUCAUGCACACCAGCUCCGACUUCACCGGCUCUCGACCAGCCACUCCACCGCUAGAUGUGACCGGCGACCAUCAGCAGGAGCACAGCUUCUCCGGUGUUUUUUCCACACCAACCAGCGCCGAGUCAUCCCUGCUAACCAGCUCCGCCGCAUCGCUAUCGUCAGCUCCCAGCAGCACUGCCAAAUUGUCACUGCAUUUGCAGCAGCAACAGGUGUCCUCCACCAGUGGCAGCGCCGGCAAUAGUUGCAACACUAGCACCAGCAGCGACAGUGGCGUCGAAUUGAACACCUCAAAGAAACGCUCGCUAGACGAUGAAGCGGACUCGAGCGAUGCAUGCGAGGCACCAGCCAGCAAAAAAAUUGCUUUGGACUUGAAUAAACGAAAUGAGACGUCAUCGGAGGCCGCUUUGGUUAAGCAAAAGCACAAAUUGCAGGAGCUGAAAGAAGAUGGCGAUAAUAUGUGGCGCCCCUGGUGAUGCGCUGAGCUGGUCGACUUUGUCUGGCGCAAAGUGCGAUUCAGAGAUGGCAAAGCUGCGGUGCUGUGUGUUUCAAUCGUCAAAGCUGUAAACUAUUCUUGAUGAAUAGCUGAUCAACUUAACGAAUUAUAGAUGAAUGUGGCGAUUUUUAUUGAGAUUUUUCAGUGCAACAACAACUAUUUUGUUUUCUGUUCACUCACGUGUCAAUGUUAAGUUUUAAGGUUUUUCUUUUUCUAUUUAAUAUUUGACGUUUGUUUUUGAAUCUUUUAUACAUGAAUUAGUGUUGAAAGUAGUUAUUGGAAAUGGAACACUGCAAACUCGCAUUUUAGUCUUUAAGCAGAAGCUUCUUUUAGCCAAUAGAAAGAAGCAGAUGUAAGCCUACUCACAUGUACAUAUAUACCAAUGCUUGCAUAAUCACUUUAACAUAAGCACUUUUUGUUUUUGUGUUGAAUUCAAUUAUGAAGAGACUAUUUAUGUUUUAAGUCUGAAUAUUCUCGUCUAAGGUUGUUCAAUUUUGCCAUACGACUCGUAUGUUUAUGUGUAUGUACAUAUAAUAUUGAUAGAUAUUUCAAUUUGAUGUUUUCAUUGACUUAGCAAGUAAUACCAAAAAAUAAAAAUAUUUUAAGUUUAAUUAAUUUUAAUUCGCUUGUUCUUUGUUUGCUCUGAGGAUCAAUACAAGGCGGCCAAUUUCACAUUAUUGAAAAGUAUAAGUAAAAUACAGUUAGAAAUUAAUGUCAGUGGACGUUGGCUGCCUCGUGAUUAAGUUGGGUUUUUUUAUUUUAUUUUAUUAAGCAUACUUUUAGGAUUUACAAGUGAUCAUAUUUUAAG